AUGGCAGACACAAUAACCAUCCUUGUUGCCACUGACAACCAUGUCGGAGCCCACGAACGAGACCCGAUCCGAGGGGAUGAUUCGUGGAAGACGUUCCAUGAAAUCAUGUGCCUGGCCAAAGAUCGCGAUGUUGACAUGGUCCUCCUCGCCGGUGACCUCUUCCACGAGAACAAGCCCUCACGAAAGUCCAUGUACAAUGUCAUGCGGUCCCUGAGACUCAACUGCCUGGGCGACAAGCCUUGUGAGCUCGAGAUGCUGUCCGACGAGUCAGAACAUUUCGACACCACCUUCGACCAUGUCAACUACGAAGACGCCAAUAUCAACGUCGGGAUCCCGGUCUUCUCCAUCCACGGUAAUCAUGAUGACCCAACCGGAGAAGGCCAUUACUCUGCCCUAGACCUGCUUGCUGUUUCCGGACUGGUCAACUACUACGGGAAGACACCUCAGAGUGACAACAUUGUGGUCAAACCAGUUUUGAUACAAAAGGGCCGCACAAAAUUAGCCCUGUAUGGCCUCUCUAAUGUACGAGACGAGCGCCUGCAUCGAACAUUCAGAGACGGCAAGGUCAAAUUCCACCGGCCAGGCAAGCAGGUGAACGAUUGGUACAAUCUGAUAUGUGUCCACCAAAAUCAUCAUGCACAUACAGAGACUUCAUAUCUGCCCGAGAACUUUCUACCAGAUUUUCUGGAUCUGGUGAUCUGGGGUCAUGAACACGAGUGUGACAUUGAACCCAGGCUGAAUCCGGAAAUGAACUUCAAGGUCAUGCAACCGGGCUCCUCUGUCGCCACCUCUUUGAUCCCGGGCGAAGCCGUUCCUAAGAAGGUCGCAAUUCUUAGCAUCACUGGUCGAGAAAUGAAAUGCGAGCCAAUCCGGCUAAAGACUGUCCGUCCAUUCGUCUACAAAGACAUUGCCCUCGCCGCGGACAAGGACGCCGUCAAAAUCGCCAAAUCAAAAGACGACCAUCGUGCGGACCUGACCCGGCACAUGAUCAAGAUUGUUGACGGGCUGAUUGAGCAGGCUAGGGAAGAAUGGUUGGAGGCGCAAGAAGAAAGACAAUACCCGGACGAAGAACAGGAAGAAUGCCCGUUGCCUUUGAUCAGACUGCGCGUUGAAACAACUUCCGCGGACGGCAUCGGCAAGUUCGACAUCGAGAAUCCGCAACGCUUCUCGAACAGAUUCAUUGACAAGGUCGCCAACACCAACGACGUGGUGCAAUUCCAUGUCAAGAAGAAGAACGCGGCGGCCCGCGCGGCUCGAGAUGCGCAGGCAGACAAGGAGAUCAUGGCCAAACUUCAAACUCUAGAGACCAUCAGGGUUGACAAACUCGUCCGCGAGUUUCUCCAAGCCCAAUCCCUCACCAUCCUCCCACAAAACUAUUUUGGGGACGCCGUGAACCAGUACGUGGAAAAGGACGACAAGCACGCAAUGGAAAUGUUCGUGAACGAAUCCCUCGCAGAUCAAAUCAAACACCUCGUGAGACUGCAGACCGACGUCAAUGACGACGCCGACGACAAUGAAGAAGACCUGGCCACCCAGAUCCAAGAGCAGCGUGCAAAGAUGGAAGAAAUGUUUGCCAAGGGCUUGCUCAAGGCGUCCAAGAACAAAGCAAGGUUUAAACCCAAGCCGGCUGAUUGGAAUAGCGAUCUCGACGGGCCAUGGGAGGAAACCCCGGGAGCGUUACUUCGUGAUUCGGAGGAUUUAGAAAGUAGAAACGGGGAAGAGGACGAAGACGGAGACGGAGACGACGGAACGCCUGCUUCGAGGGCAACAGCAGCAAGAGGCAGAGGGAGAGGAAGGGGUGGCAGAGCCGGUUCCUCGGCGACGGCGUCCACCAGUCGCAGGACGACGACAACGACUGCGAAGAAACCUGGCGCCGCAAAGACGACUGCUACCUCGCGCGCACGAAAACGCGCCAUUUCAGACGAUGAAGACGAGGAAGAAGAAGAGGACGGCGACAUCGUCAUGAUGGAAGAUGAUGACGACUUCGAAGACGACUCCCAAGCCAUGUUCGUUCCUGAAAAGCGCAAGACCACCACCGCCGCCUCCGCAACAACUAAGCGAGGAGGGCGCAACACAACACCAGCAGCCAGCACCCGGGCCGGCGGAGCCAGGACGAAGCCUACCUCCUUCGCAUCAGCGACGAAAAAGCCCCCAGCCCGCGGCGCUGCAGCAGCUUCGAGGCAGAAGCAAUCAACCCUGAGUUUCACCACGUCGCAGAACAAUAUCCUAGGCAAUGGAAGGAGCACAGCGGCGGCGAGUAGAAGUCAGAGUUACGAGCAGAUCGACGACGAUGAUGACGACGAUGAUGCAUUUGAGCCUGCUCCGCCGACGAGGAAGAGACGAUGA